AUGUCGAGUGUUGGCGUGAAGGUGACGCCGCUGAGGCACUUCAUCACCCGCAGCAGCUACGAAGGAGCUUGGAACAAGGAGGCGCACAUGAUGGAUGGCCUCGGCACCUAUCACUAUCCGGACGGAAGUGAGUAUCGCGGCCGCUUUCUUCACGGCAAGUUCCAUGGGUUCGGCCAGUUGCGCCUGGCGCAGCCCUAUCGCUUCACCAUCAAGGGUGUGUUCAACAACGGGAAACUGGUGAGCAUCGAGGACAUGUGCUUCCCCGAUGGACUCCAUGUCCAGGGCCAGUUCACUGCUCGGUUCACUGGAAUCGACUUUGACUCCUCGGACUGGGACUAUCUGACGCCCAAGGACCGACGCUACCAGUCCGAGCACCUGUACAGUCAGCCGCCCGUGGGUCCGACCGCCUAUGUGACGAACAGUCUAAGGUCACGCAUCGUGCCCAAGGACUGCUACGAUGUGGAGGAGGGAAUCUACAAUCCGCAGACCGGCUGGCUAACGGAUCGCCCACUGCCCUUCACCAGCAGCAUCUACGUUGGCUGUCCGAGGGACAAGGAAUGGAUCCUGCGCCACUGCCGUCAUGCUCACACGGAUGAAAUCCGCGAGCCAAUACCGUACUUCUGUCGCCAAAUCAUCGACAACAAUCUACAGACGGAGAUGUCCCAGCUCCCCAAGACUAUCAUCUAUGCGCCGAACUUCAGGAUGGAACGCAAGCACUACUACCACAAGCUGUGCAAGGAGAAGGGAAAGUCCAAGCCGAAGACAGACCCCUCAUCGAUGGCGUUUACUUGCAAUUAUAAUCCGAACUCCAAAGCCAGGGCCACGGAGCAGUGUCUCCGUGCCAACAAGGGGGUGGCGGAGAAGCGAGAACUAGAAGAUAUCAGAGACUUGCCAACGUAUCACUUCGAUGAGACUGAGACUGAGAACAUGACCAUAAGGGUGAAGCCCCGUCAGUGGACCAGCAGCUCGGAUGACCAGCGCGUGGACUCCGUCGGGCCAUCCAGCUGCCAGUCCGACAGCUUUGCCUCAGCGCCGAUCCCUCUGGACCCCACGGAGAACUACGACACGGUCAAGGUCAUGAUGAACAAGAAGACAAACACGGACUAUUUGAACGUGGUGCAAUCCAACAUGCUUCGUCGAUCGAGUUAUAUGGAAAUUUCACGUUCUCGCUUUCAGCUGUAA